AUGGGUCUAAGUCACCAGCCGAACACAAGUGCUCUUCGCGCGUGCAUGAUUGACCUCGAAAAGUUUAAGUAUAUUGCUUGGGUUCUCACUAACCAGCAUCUGUUUGCUACAAACCCGUUUACAUAUAUGCCUUACGGAGUCUCUAUCGACAUCACAGUUCAGGCAAAUGGGAUAAAUGGCGGCGGUAUACCUAUUUGCAAUGUGCCAUGUGAACCAUCCCUCAGACACAGUUUGAUCACACCCCAGCUUGCACGAGCGAGUGGUGGUACGGUCGUGCGGACUGAAGCUGUAUUUUCGUUCCAAGAUACCGACGGAAACGAAUACAGGUCUUCGUCAUAUAUUGCUCUCACGUGGUGGCAAACUCUAGGAGAAGCCACAGCGACCUGCAAAGAGGAAGAUUUCUACAUCACUGAGGAUAUCCCUGCAGAGGCAAUGCUUCAACAACUUCCGGAUGUGGCUCAAGUCAGGCCCAAAGCAUAUCCACUCCGCCACAAACCUCUGACUCCCGAGGAGCAGAGACGUGCAGAGGAUAGACGCAAACAAGAAGAGGCUGCCCAUAACGUGAUCAGGCAGGCUGAGAAUCAUAAGGUAGAGAAUGACGCCAAGAACUCGGGUUCAUCUCGUUCAAAGCAACGUUCCAAUUAUUACCAAUCGUCGCAGACGUCCAGGAAGCAGCGAUAUGGAGAAUUGUUUCUUGGUUAA